AUGGAAAUCUCUGGAUUUGCAGAAUAUAAUGUAGUUGAAUACUGUUUUCCAUACUACAACUCUUCUUGUAUUAAGGAGGUCAGGCCAAGAUCACAGCGUUUCAUCAUGUAUGUCUUCCUCUCAACCGUGUCAGUUUUCACAGUGGUUUUGAACCUGCUGCUGAUUAUCUCCAUCUCUCAUUUCAAGCAACUCCAUACCCCAACCAACCUGCUUAUUCUUUCUCUGGCUGUGGCAGAUUUGAUGGUUGGAUUGAUUGUGAUACCAGUAGAGAGCAUCAAGCUAAUUGAAUCAUGUUGGUACUUUGGAGAAUUAUUGUGUUCACUUUUCCAGGCAACUGUUUUUACAGUGAUUUUUGCAUCUCUUUACAAUCUGGUCUUGAUAGCGAUUGACCGUUACCUUGCUAUUUGUGAUCCUUUACAGUAUUAUGCCAAAAUUACAACAACCAGAACCAUACUACUCAUAUUCUUAAUUUGGUCAUAUUCUGUGGCAUAUAAUUUGCUCCUCCUCUACUGCAAUGAGAAUUUAUAUAAUUCUCAGGAACAUAAUGCUUGCAUUGGUGAGUGUGUUCUCAUAAUCAGUUUUACAUGGGGGGUUGUUGACCUUGUAGUUUCAUUCAUUGGCCCAUGUUCUGUUGUUAUAGCUUUAUAUAUUAACAUAUUCAAAGUGGCACGAAGCCAAGUUCAAGUAAUCAACUCCAUUACUGGAAACUUCAGGUCUGAGGGAGUUUCAGUCCCCAGGAUUUCUGAAAGGAAAGCAACUAUAACAUUAGGGAUAGUGCUAUUAGUUUUUCUAGUCAGCUGGAUAACACAUUAUAUUUGUGCUCUUUCAGAGGAAUAUUUAUCAUAUUCUUCUGUUUUAAUGGCAGUUCUUGCUUGGGCCCUCUAUAUAAAUUCUUUUCUUAACCCGCUUAUCUAUGCCUUUCGAUAUCCAUGGUUCAGAGUAUCAGUUAAGCACAUAUUAACUCUGAAAAUACUGGAACCAUCAUCUUCUUCAAGUAAUCUAUUUUCACUGAAGUAA